CUUCAGCUCAAACAACACGUUAACUUUGCUUCCUCGCUUCUUUGUUUCGUCCGUUAGCAACGCGGAUCUUCUUUGUCAAAAAAAGCCUACACACACACUUUCGACCGUCACGAUGCCUUCCUUCACCGCAACCAUUCCGGUCCUCGUCAGCAUCCUGGCCCUGGCAAGUGCAGGAGAGCUCCCGCUCACUCCACUCGCCACAUAUCCUGCCGCCAGGCCCACGCCGGCUCCCUACCAGCCCGGUGUUCCCAUCGUCCACCGACCGAUCCCUGCCACCAUGCCGCCAACACAGCGUAAGCAGGAACAGCCGUCCGUCUUGCAUCUCAGCAGCCAAGCGCCCACGGCAACCGGCACACCAACCGACAAGGACAAGUGCUCGCAUGUCGCUGCCCGCAUCACACCGCAACUCACACCCAAGCCGACGUACCCGCCGUCACUCAAGACCAUGGCCGACAAGCUGGGCGGCGUUGACAGCGACAUGUGCGAGAACGUGAACCUGUCGGGCAAGUUCAAGAACAUCGACCCGGCCGACAUGAACCGGUUCAACCAAGCCCGCUACUCGACCUUCAUUGUGCCCCUCUGGGCCAAGGUGCACGAGCUGUGGGCGGCCUGCGGGCCCGAGACGAGCAAGCUGGAGGCCAUCGCCAAGGAGCCGUGCUACCGUUGGGCGCUGGAACUGUCCAAGAAGUCAAACGCGUCCUCGUUUGACCAGGCGUUCAGGGACAAUCAGGCUCAGGGUGGAGAGAAGAACAAGCUGGGCAAUGGUAACGAGCAGGGUAUCGUCAGGACGCCGGAGACGGACGCCGGCGUCUCUCACACAGCUGCUGUUGGUCUCGUUGGGAUGGUGACACUCUUGUUGGCGGUCAUGCUUGCAUGAGGGCAGCACAGAAUGUUGUGGAGGAUUGGAGGGGCGGCAUGAAGGAACAAGGGUUGGAGUUCUGGUGGUAUACUCGGGAAGGAUCAAUAUUUCUUAGGGGUUGGCGUUUUGGGAAUAUGUCUUUGUCCGGUCGGGUCAGAGGGAUCUGCAAAUCAAACA